AAAGGUUAUGAGGAUUUCGAAACGAGUGCAGCAACGUGGACAGGCGCCAAAAUUUCCACAGCAAUAAGCAGUUCAGCAGAGCAUUUAAAACAAGAUCAGCAUCAUCAUCAUAGGCAACAUCACCAACAACAAUUGUUAUCUUCUUCGUUAUCAACGGCUUAUCAUGCGAUAAAUCAUGCUCCCUCGUAUACCACAACAAGACACAAAACCAAAAGUGGUUUAUUGAUCGAAAGCAAUGUCGAAUUGGAUACUGAGCAAGAAGCUGAGGUUCAUCAAGCAGCCUCGGUUGCAGCACCUUACACAGAAAUGGAUUUGCCGCAAACCUCUUCGGCCUCAUCAUUGUCAAAGCCUUCAAAACAAGAACGUAAACGUAAUCGACAGAAUCAUCAACAUCAGCGCAAACGUAAUGGUCGCCACCACAAUCACAACAAUGGUGGUGGAGGUGGUGCAGAUGGUUCUGGGGGCAAUGGUGCUGCCGGUUCAAGUGUUGGUUCUAACAACGGUCAACGUCAAAAGUUACAACGCAACGCCUUACGUCUCUUGAAUAGAGACAGUGAUUCGCAUAUGCAGGGUGUUAAAGCUGGCGGUGGUUUAUUUCCUCAGCUCUUUAAUGUGGCCACUCGUGCCUCCAUUACAGUCAAUGCCACCUGUGGUCAAAGUGGCCGUGAGGAAUAUUGCAAAUUGGUGGAUGCCUAUCCACACAAGAAAUGGGCCACUCAAUGUGGCAUCUGCAAUGCCCAUUCCUCGGAUGUGGCCAAACAUAGACCCAUCGAAUCGGUGAUAUCACACACAAAUAUGCAUGACCAGUGGUGGCAAUCACCUACGCUGCAAUAUGGAAGAAAUUUUGAAUAUGUCACCAUAACCAUGGAUUUGAAGCAGGUCUAUCAAGUAUUUUAUGUUAUGCUGAAAUCCGCAAAUUCCCCUCGCCCUGCCUCUUGGAUAUUGGAGAAAUCCAUUGAUGGUUAUAACUAUGAACCAUGGCAAUAUUUUGGCCGCUCAGAUGCUGAUUGUCGGCAACGUUAUGGACUAGCCGGACAAAAUGGCAAAUAUAUGUUCCAAAAUGAUACGGAAGUUAUAUGUACUACACAAUUUUCUAAAGCUUUGCCUUUGGAGAAUGGAGAGCUGCAUGUAUCCUUGCUCAAAAAUCGUCCCGGUGCCAUGGAACAAUCUCAGGAGAUUAUGAAUUUUAUAACGGCCCGUUAUAUCCGCAUACGUUUUCAGGGAAUGCAUUCCACUGCAAACUUGGAUAACAGUGUCUAUUGGCAAUUAGAUGCUCAUUCACUGGAGAAGCGUAGCUUCUAUUCCCUAAAGCAGAUAAGGGUCAGUGCUCGGUUGAAUUGUCAUGGUCAUGCGGAGAGAACCAAAGAACUGGCUGAAAAGUCUAAAGGGCAGAAGGAAUUCUCCGGUCUAGAGUCCACUCUGCAAUGUGAGUGCAUGCAUAAUACCUGUGGUGAGGAUUGUUCACAAUGCUGUCCCUUGUAUCAGGAUAAACCUUUCCGCAACGGCACCACCCAUGAGGCCAAUGAAUGUGAAAUAUGCCAAUGUCAUAAUCAUGCUGAGAGCUGCUUCUAUGAUCCCUUUCUGGAUAGAGGUCUGUGCCAGGAUUGUCAAAAUAAUACCACAGGCAAUGAAUGUGAGCUGUGUUUGCCUGGUUUCUAUAGACCUGAGGGAGCCUCCUUGAGUGAGGCCUGUUUACCCUGUGCCUGUUCCCUUAAGGGAUCUCAGGGCAUAUGCCAAGCCGAGGGGGGCCAAUGCAUUUGCAAUGAAGGCUUUCAGGGAGACCAAUGCGAGGAAUGUGCCCAGGGUUAUUAUGGAGAAGAUUGUCGAAAAUGUGAAUGUGAUUCCCGGGGUACCAUAACCGAUACCGAGUGCUCUGGCAUUUGUAUGUGCAAAUAUAAUGUGGAGGGAGAGGCUUGUUCUAAAUGUCGUGAGGGCUUUUACGAUUUGAAUGCAGAUAACAUUGAUGGUUGUUCUCCUUGUUGGUGCUCAGGACUAGAGGUCUCCUGCUCAAGUGCCAAUCUAUCGGCUUUGGCCUUUGAGACUUUAAAUGAUUGGAAAAUUACCGAUAUCACACUCUCCCAGACAACUACACCCUCUUUGGAUACGGACACCAACUCUUUAAGCUACAGCAUGUUUGAUUUAGCAGAUGUUGAGGCCAUCUAUUGGCAAGCCCCCAAAGGUUAUCUGGGAAAUCGUCUCUCCAGCUAUGGCUCACGGCUAUCCGUACAAGUGAAAUGGGUGACUAUAAGAGGCGAUACCUCAGGCAAGCCUACCGCUGGACCCCAUGUCAUAUUUCUGGGCAAGAAUGGCAUGAAAAUUGCCUAUGGUGAUGAAGAAUUCAACAGAGAUACUUCUGCAGUAAUCAAUAUAACCUUGGAGGAAACGAACUGGUAUCAUGUACCCCCACAAGUGAAGGAUAUAAAAACGAGAAUGCGUCGCACCGACUACCAUGGCACAGAGGUGUCCAAGGGGCAUUUUCUCUCUGUGUUGUCCAAUUUAAAGGCCAUUUUGGUAAGGGCCUCCUUUCACACAGAUCAAGUGGAGACAUAUUUGGAAAGAGUCAUAAUGUUUACCGGUGGCACUGAAUUGGGCCAUUCUACAUCUCGAGUGGAGCAGUGCUCUUGUCCUCCAGGCUACACUGGCUUCUCUUGCGAGUCCUGCGAUUUUGGUUAUAUACGAAUCUAUGAGAAUUCCUCAGAUCAUCAUGAAGUGGGUAGAUGUAAACCAUGUCCUUGUAAUGGCCAUUCAAAUUCGUGUGAUGUACAGAGCGGGGGAUGUGGAAAUUGCAUGCAUAACACCUAUGGCGAAAGAUGUGAACGCUGUAAACGUGGUUUCUAUGGCAAUCCGCUUGAAGGCACACCCAAUGAUUGUCGCCCAUGUGCUUGCCCUCUGUUGGUGGAUAGCAACAACUUUUCGCCCAGUUGUCAGCUAAAGACUUAUUCCGUUACAGACAUCAACCCAAUGUUUGGUGUGGUGAAAAAUGCUGAAUACAUAUGCACACAAUGUCCGCCAGGCUACACCGGAGAUCAUUGCGAAAUGUGCGAUGAUGGUUAUUGUGGCAAACCUACCGAAAUCGGAUCCUCCUGCCGCCCUUGUAAUUGUGAUGGAGGACCUUGCGAUGUUUUCACUGGCCAAUGCAUUGUGUGCGAGGGCAACACUGAAGGCUGGCACUGUGAACGCUGUAAACUGGGCUUCUGGGGUGAUCCCUCGGUGGGCUGUGAACCCUGUUCCUGCUUUGAGGAGGGUUCAGAUAGUGCUGUCUGUGACAGCACCGAUGGCCAGUGUCUCUGCAAACCCCGUUAUGCGGGACAAAAAUGCGACGAAUGUGAUGAGGGCUAUGCUCUGCUAGAUGAACAAUGCUCUCCAUGUGGUUGUGAUGAAUUUGGUACCAUUGAUCCAAACACUUGUGAUCCCGACAAUGGUCAGUGUUAUUGUAAACCCGGUGUGGAGGGUCUCAAAUGCAACGAAUGCAGUGUAGGAUAUUUUGGCCUUAAAGAAGAAUCCAAUGGUUGUACGGGCCAGGCCAACGAUAUAACGAAAAAAGAUGAGGAAAAUUAUUAUAAUAAGAAUUACAGCAAUGAUGGUGAUGAUUAUGUAGCUUUCCCCGCCCCCCACCUAAGCGUUUUCUCUCGAUCCUCAUAA